AUGACGGGUGGAAGGCAACAGUAUAGAGACCUUCCACGAGGCAACCGGGAGGCGCUCCUUGCUGCGUUGUACGAGAAUUCGGUUCACGAUGUCGGCGCGCUCAUUGACUACCUUGGCGGCGGCGAAAACGCUGGUCAUGGCCUUAGCUGGGUUGUCGGCAUGCUCGCGGAAGAAGGAUACAGUGUCGAUGGCCACGGUGCGGCUGAAGCCGCUGAAGAUGACCUACCUCAGAUCAAAGACUCGCCAUCUGCUGCUGCUGCUCCGUCUCUGGCUCAUGCUUCAACGUCUUGCUCAAAUUCGGAACCACCCGUCGUGGCUCAAGGGACACAGCCCGUCACCAUCGAAUGUGCAUGGCAGAGCCUAAGCCGUCUUGCCCUCAGUCAGGAUGAAGCCGGUGUGGCUCCAGAUCUCGUGUUCCCGUGCUCCACAGGAAAAUUGCAAGCCAAUCCUCCCAUCCAGGUGCUGCGCGCCCAGCCCGUCGUUGAUGCCCAUAGCGCGCGAGGCACUGUUCCUCAAGGCGACAAUGCACAUGUUCAACAUGGCUAUUCUGCGUCUCACAGAUUGCGUGAUGGCCGCGUUCCCGCCGUUCCGCACGACAGCGCUCUUGGAAUCCAGGACACCCCUCGAAAUGCCCCACCACGAGCUUUCGAUCCUCCGAGGUUGCAGGGAAACUCCUCCGUUGAGGCACCGCCAAAUCGCCUUGGUGGCGCCCAUGGACGUCCGAGCCAGCACGUGCGAGUCGACGUGCCCCAUGACAUCGAUGACAGAGAUGAGGAGAAUCAAGCCCGCUUCGGUGGUCCCCUCGUCGACGGCCCUCGUGUGUGCACAUCAUGCGGGAGUAUUCUUUCCCAUGCCGUGCCUGCCCCAGUGGUGUUUCAGCGACCAACGCUGUCGGAUUCUCGUUGUCCCGUGCUGCCUUUGUCAGGCCCUGGCGUGGUACCAUGCAAUUCAGGCUACAGUGACAGCAGUACCGUUCACAGCCAGUCGGACCACGAUGACGAUGAUUUGUUUGCCAACUCCGGAUUCAGAGAUGAUGACCUCUAUGCUCUCCCGCUUAGUGAACCUGUUGACGAGGCUGCGGAUCUUCCCGAGCAGGACCCCAAUGGCAGUGACAUGGAGCUUGCGUCUUUGCAAUCUGCCUCUCCCUCCGGCUUGCCCUUGCCCCCGCUUCCCCCUCUUCUCCUGUCGCCAACAGGAUCUCCACGGCCGACUGCCCACCUCGGAGAAAUAGCGCGGCAAUUUGGCAUCAGACCAUAUGAGUAUCUGCACCCCACGCCUGUAGUCCCACUUUCUGCCUUAGCAGAAUCUUCGGGUACCCCCACGCUGCGACCAGGUCCCUUCCCUGAUCGUCCACGGGCGGUUCACGUGGGCGUCCCGGAUCUCAGCAUGUCUCCCUCCCUGCAUCUUCCCCUCAUCAUUCGAGGACCUCCACGCAGCACUCCAUUCCCUUCCUUGGUCGUCCCCGGGAGGUUCACGUAG